UGCGCACUGAGAAGCUCUCCAAAAGGCUGCUGCCUCACUCCCAGAGCAUGACGAUGGGCAGAGUUUUUGAGUAACGCCAUGGAUUUCCACGUUGAGGCUCAAAUCGUGAAUGCUCUGUAAUGGACUUUCAGCCCAAUAUAAAAUCCUGCAGGAUUUUUUUUCUUUUUUUUUUUUUAAUCAUCGACAUUUUUUUUAAUUGACGGUGUGAAUUUGUUUUUGUUUUGUUCUCCUUUUUUAACCACAGAAAUGUUCAGCAUAUCUGGGAAGGGGGUUUUGCCAACUUCAUGGACUCAAUAAAUCCGCGUUUGCGUGGCUUCUGUUUUUUCAUGGACUCGUCCUCAGCUGUAAAGGUUCGUAAAAUUGUUUGAAAUGUCCGACUUCCACAACCGAAGCCAAGUCAACGCACGACGCAGUGACUACGUCUGGCAGUACGAGUAUUACGAAGACGAGGAGCCUGUCUCUUUUGAGGGACUUAAAGCGCACAGAUACUCCAUUGUCAUAGGCUUCUGGGUGGGACUCGCAGUUUUCGUCAUUUUCAUGUUCUUCGUUCUCACGCUGCUCACAAAGACUGGAGCACCGCAUCAGGAAAACCCAGAAUCGGGGAAGAACCGGCACCGACCAGAAGGCUGUCUGGUAGACAUGAAUGGCCAUCAGGAUGAUAAUGACAAAGCUUUCUCCCGCCCGCUGUUAGAAGGCUCCCGUUCAUACUUUAAUUUCUACAUCAAUGAGGAAGAUCAGGCCCAUGAGAAACAGAAACAGGAAGACAAAAGGAGCUCUGCAAAAGACAAAGCUCGAAGACUACAGCGCUCUGCUGAAAUAGAUGAAAUGGACGAGGACAUUGAGGGAAGCGUGGGGCACCAACCUCUCAAUGGACUCGUUGAGAAAAGUAAGUCAGACAGAGAGUGUGCUUUCCUGUCUCACUUCAGCAUCCCAAACUUUGUGAACUUGGAUCAUGGCUCCACACUAGGAGAGGACGAUCUGCUGUAUGAGCCAUCCGUCAUCCUGGAGCGUCAGUCUCAAGCUCACAACAGUCACUGUGACGGCCACUAAAGCAGACCCCUACAGUGGUCCUCAAUCCGGCGCCGUGGACAGGUCCAUGGACCAAUUGGUACAGGUCCGCACAAGAAAUAAUUACAUAUUACCGUUUUAUGUAUUAUUUGAGUCUGAAGGGUCUUUUAUUUGGAAAAUCCUUUAACCGGAUCAUCUCUUAUUUUGAAGGGAUAUGUAAACGUUACCAUUGCGGCCAGAGUCAGAGAGCGUUAGUGCAGUGGUCGAGAUGAGAUGAGAGGAGCCCCACCCCUACUCCCCCAUGCUUCGGCCGCAGCAAAAUUGCCAAGUCUUGACCGGUCCGCUGUAAUAAAAAGGUUUGGGACCACUGUUGUAACCUAAAUUGGUUUACAUUCAGAAGCACUUUAAUACGGGCAGAGGGAAAUAUAUGCACCUGCCACUCCUGUCUUUCUGUAAAAGCUUUCAAAUUACUUUUUAGUGUUUUCUAAAAAAAAAAAAAAAAAAAAAAAAGAGAGAGAGAAAAAGAAAGCCAAGAGGUUGGAAGGCAUAGCUUGUAAAAGCAAAUUCAGAGUAACAACAUGAGUUUCCCUCCAGAAGAAGAAAUUGCCUUGGAAAUGAUACCUGUUAUUUCAAGUACUGUGAGCCUGAAUUGGAUACAGCUGGGCUGCAUCCAGACUCUGCACGAAAAAAAGAGAAAUGAAAGACAAGUGGGGUUCACUGGGGAAGGAUGCGUUGGGGAAAUUAUUAUGCUAUUCUUGUUGUUUUUGUUAUACUGUAAGAUUGUGAACAAUGGGUCUGUCUCUGGAUGAGAGUCAGAGGCAAGCUGGUCAUUUAGGAAAAACAGCAACAUAAACUCAGAGUUCUUUGUUCUAAAGUCAAAUACCGUUAAAAAAGCGGAAAUGUACCAACUGUACGCUUCAUAGCACUAAAUGAAAAUCACUGUUGUUUUGGUUGGAUAUAUGUAAACCUCACAUAUUAACAAGAAAUACUGAAUAGAGAUUAAAGACUGUUUUAAGUUUG